AUGCCGUCCAACCAACCUCGCUCACCCCAACUUUCUGCUAGUAGAGCCUAUUUGCUACUCUACAACAUCACCAGUGCUAUCCUUUGGCUCCGCAUUCUUCUCAUCGUUGUGACAUCCCCCUCCAACCCUUCAGUCUACACACUCGUCGAGCCAUGGACUAGAUGGACCCAAUCUUUAGCCGUGGUGGACAUUCUUCAUGCUGCUAUGGGCAUUACUCGAGCUCCGAUCUUCACCACAUCCACACAGAUCUUCGCUCGCACCGUCCAGGGUUGGGCUAUCAAUUGUGGCUUUCCAGGUGUGACAGCAGCAUCACCUGCCUAUCCAGCCAUGCUCGUUGCAUGGUCCACAGCAGACACAGUACGGUAUGUGUACUUUGUCGUGCUGUUGGUAGGGGUGCCAGUCCCAAGUAUUUUGAAGUGGCUGAGAUCCUCUCUCUUCAUAAUCCUCUACCCUAUUGGGAUUGGAAGCGAAUGGUGGCUGAUGUAUAAAGCUACCUACGUAACAACCAGCCCUGUCGUAACAGGCAUAUUCUACUUCUUUCUAGCUCUUUACGCCCCAGGUAUACCCAUGAUGUAUUCGCACAUGCUUAAACAGCGGCGCAAGACAUUGUCAAAUUGA